AUGCAGGAUAUGGUCCGUGCUUUCCCUCGGCCGAGACACACUCGGGUCAUGAAGCCUCGUAGUGCUGGAAACAGUCCCUCAUCGGCAAUGAGAAGGCGAGCAACAGUCAAUCAAAAUGUGAUGCAUGCAAUGCCCUCACAAUACCAGCCCUCCUUGGAAGAAGCCCUGUUCGCCUCGGCGUCUCGGAACUCACGCCCGACCAGCUGGCAUCCUUCAUCGGCAAGAAACCGGGGUCUUUCGAACCCGCAAUACUACCCCGAUUUCACUGCGGACAACUAUGCCGGCAUGGGAGCCUUUGAUCAACAAUAUCUCCCUUCGGCCGUCUAUGGGGGCGAUGACAUCAUGGCAUAUCCCAUGACCGCCGACGCUGCAUUCUCGUCCAACGAUUACUUCCCCGUCUACUCUGACAUGCAGGAUGAUUUGCCACUUCCACAACAGACCCCGGCACUUUCAAUGACUGGCUCGCAGGUCGAGCCAAUGACCUGGGAUUUCACCAUGCCCGAUCUAUCAGUAAUGCACCCAACAUCCGAUAACUGGAAUUUCGACAUGCUAUCGAUGGGCACCAACAUCCCCCCACCAGAAACAACCUGCCCAAGCUACGUCAGCGUCCCCUCACCGGGUGAGAUGAGCGGGCCUUCAACACCGGACUUCCUUCCUAUUCAACAGUUUGAGGACAAUUUCCAGCCUCCCGUCGAGCUCAAGAAGACUGCCAAGGCCGAAGAGGAACUGGUCGGCAUGGGCCUCUACAGUCAGCCCAAUGGAACACUGGCCAAGGCCCCGCAAAGCAAAGCAGGCGAGGGUCUCAAGCUUGAAGAGACAUUCACUCCAUCCGAUGAAGACAAGGACGGCGAAGCGGAGACAGAUGUCGAGAGCGACGAACAACAACCAUCGCCCCAGCAACCAAAUCGCUACAACGAACCUAUGCAGAUGGCUCAGUCGAACUUCAUUUCCAAACAGCAGCAGCAGCCGAAACAGGCUUUGAAUAUGCUGCAGCGAUCUUUCUUUUUCGACCACGAUGAGGAUCAGCAAGCGAUGACUGCCGCUCAGCCUUUUGCGAGCUUGAACCAGCCUUGUAUGAGCUAUGGGUAUGGGUGGAUCUAA